UGUCAAAAAAAUUAACGUUGACAAAUGUGAAACUUCAAUUUACCGCGAAUUUUUAGAAAUGGUGGUCUCCUGUUUAAAAAAAAAUAAUCUAAUUUUCUCAAAAAUACACUAGUUAAAAACGUCUAAAUAAAAAAUUGUUGUCCUAUAAUCCACUUCUUGUUUUAACAUAAAUAUGGGGAGAAAAACAGCAGCUAGUGUAGCUAAAGGCAAGGAAAAACGAUUGCAACGAAAGGAAGAACAACAAAGAUUACGCGAAGCUAAAGCUUUAGUUGAAAAAGCAAACAGUAUAGAAAAUCCGCUUCAAGAUUUUCCAGUAUUUCAAAAAUAUAACAAGAACGGUCUUACAGCUGAUAUAAUAUACAAAAAAAGCAGUGAUUUAGAUGAAACUGAAAGGACUUGGGUGCUGAAUCUUACUAGGAGAAACAUGCAACUAAAAUAUGAAGCUUGCUCGUGGAAUUGGAACGAUACAAAAAAAUCAGAAGAACUAUAUGACGAAGCAGCAAGAUUUCUUAUUGCGAAAAGCACAGAGGACGGUUCCUAUUUAGGGUUUAGUCAUUUUAGGUUUGAUAUGGAAGAAGGAAUUGAGGUUUUAUAUUGUUACGAAUUACAGCUAGAAAGUAUUAUUCAACGAAAAGGUUUGGGAAAAUUCUUGAUGCAAGUCUUGGAACUGAUGGCAUUUAAAAAUAACAUGAAAAAAGUUGUUUUGACUGUGCUGAAACAUAAUCCACAUUCAAAGUUUUUCAGAGCUGUUGGGUAUGAAGUGGACGAUAUAUCCCCUUCAGAUGAUGAAGAAGAGACUUACCCCUACGAAAUCCUGAGUAAAGUCAACAAAAGACUGGCCCAAACAUUGCCAGCGCCUGUUAUAAGCAAAGCUCACAGUCAUUCUCACUCAAACGGUCACUGUUGUACUGGCCACCAUCAUCAUUAGAAAUAGUUUAUGACAAAUAUUCUCGUUUGAAAGUAUUUUACAAUAAUAAGGCAUUUUAAUUUUAUACUAUAAAACUUUAAGCUAAUAAAGUAGGUCUAUGUCAAUUAAAAAA